UCAUGUGAUGGCAAAGAGGUGGCACAUUAAUGGAGCGCCUCUACAGGGGUUCUUUUCUGCUCAUGUCACUACAUAAAACUAUCAGAUGGUUAGAGGAAGGCCAUGGAGGCGCACGACAGCUAGUCUCUUCGAAGGGAAACCCCCAAAUAAAGUCCGUUUCGCAACCUUGACGGGACAGACUGAUACGCUUUUUCCGGAAAAGAUCCUCCGUAAAUGCGCACCGUCCUUCUCCAGUGCGGAGGCGCUCAGAGACUGGCUUCUUUACGCGCACCGCAACUCCAGCUUUGCCAAGACCGAAACUUUCCUCGGCCGUCGUUUGCGUGACAAGAAUCGAGUUUUCAUCGAGGAAGCGAGGGAAGCUAAACUUUCUAUUUUAACAUUUCCAUUGUGCUAAUUUAUUUUGUUUUUACGAAACAUCGAGGAUGCCUCGUCCGGGGAGAAACACGUACAGCGACCAGAAGCCACCUUACUCCUACAUCUCUCUUACCGCCAUGGCAAUCCAGAGCUGUCCGGAGAAGAUGCUGCCCCUCAGUGAAAUUUACAAGUUCAUCAUGGAUAGGUUCCCUUAUUACAGAGAAAACACGCAGCGAUGGCAGAACUCUCUCCGACACAAUCUGUCAUUUAACGACUGUUUCAUCAAAAUCCCCCGGCGCCCUGACCAGCCGGGUAAGGGAAGCUUUUGGGCUCUGCACCCCAACUGCGGGGACAUGUUCGAGAAUGGAAGUUUUCUGAGGCGCCGCAAGAGAUUCAAGGUGCUGGGAGCGUCAGACCACCUGGGCCCCACCAAGCAGUCAGAUGCUGCGCAUUACCUCCAGCAGCAAGCCAAGUUGAGACUGAGCGCCCUGGCUGCCACAGGCACGCACCUUCCCCAGAUGUCAUCGUACAACCUCGGAGUAUCCCAGUCAUCCACCUUCAAGCACCCGUUCGCCAUAGAGAACAUCAUCGCCCGGGAGUACAAGGUCCCCGGCAGCUUGGCGUUCUCUACCAUGCAGUCCAUGUCCGCCGGGUACCCGUUGCACAACCAACUCACGACGGCCUGGCCCCACAUGUACAACAGCAGCGUGAUCGACACGGCGGCCCCGAUCUCCAUGGCGAGCAGCGACUACAGCGCGUACGGGGUGCCCUUAAAGUCGCUGUGUCACGGGGGACAGUCCUUACCGGCCAUCCCCGUGCCGAUCAAGCCCACCCCGACCUCCAUGACGGGCUUUUCCGCGCUUCCGCCCCACAUCCCCGCGUUCCUAUCAAACUCUCCACAGUCUCUGAGCCCGACCUCCCCACAGACAGCGACGAGCCAAAGCAGCCCGGCGACCCCGAGCGAGACUCUGACAAGCCCCUCCACGCUGCAGUCCGUGGCCGUGCACUGAUCGCCCGAACUUUUUCAGGCCCCACUUCCCUUAUUACCAAAACCCAAAGUUUAUAUUUUCUGCAGUCGGACACUAUCAAGGCGAGUUGAGGUUGCAUAUCGACUUAUUUGUGUAUAUGUGUUGAAUGUGUCGCUUUAAAUCGUGUCUAGUCUAGCACAGAACUGCACACGAACUAUUGCUCUUGAACAUAUAAAUUAUUUGAUAGUUCUAUUUUUCAGUUUGUUGUGAUAUGUAAGUGUUGAUGAUGGGGGCCACAGCAGAGGUGAACAGGGGCCAGGGUGCUUUUGUUUUUGACAAGAACUCUGAUUUGAACGUUUGCACCGUUUUCGUGGGACCACCAUAAUGUCAAUAAUAUUGCAAAGAAAAAACUCCUUUUUGUUUGCUUUUAACGCUGGAAUGAUGGUUAAAGGUAAUACCAAAUAGGAGUAGUAUUUAAAUCUGUUCAUACACCAUCCCUUAAAAAAAGAUAAGACAGAAAGGUAAAAAUGAGUUACGAAAUGUUUCCAAAAAACUGAAAGGUAUAGAUAUUGUCGUCCUCAAAAUGCAAGAUGUGAACAUUUGUUGUAAAAUGCACUUUUUUUUAGUUUUACGUUUUAAAUAUCUAUUUUACAGGAGGAAAAAAAAUGUUCUGUGAAGCAUUUAAUUUAAAAGCCGUGGUGACCAUGUUUAUCAGAUGCUGUAAAAUUUGUAAUUUUUUUAAGGUGAAGCAUGCGUUCCUGAAUUUGUACUGUUCCUGUUGGUGUUGUUAUUGUUGUUGUUUUUUUUUUUGUCUUUUUGUUUCACUCAAAUUCUAGUUAUUUUCCCAGAUUUAAUUUUUUUUUUAUUAUUAUUAUUUUAUUUUGCAAGCAUGCGUGCUUUGGAAAAGUGUGCAAACAGUCUCCGAUUAAUUGGGGGGGAAAUGGCCAUCAAAUUAUUUUCUCAUUAAAAAUGAAGUAAACAAUCACAAAUGUUUC